AUGGGCGGCUCCACCGACGAGUUUCCUCUGCUGUCAGCUCUCGGGUUGUACGCUGCAGAUAUCCGAGGAGAUGGCAAUUGCCUCUUCAACGCACUUUCCGAUCAGCUCUACGGCCACCAAAAUGAGCACGCCAACAUCCGCUCACGUGUGAUCUCCUACAUGCGUGAGCACGCCGACUACUACAAGCAAUUCAUCGACGUCAACCCCGGCGGUGGCAUUCGUCGCAAUCCCAAGCGAAAGGGUGUCAAUGUCAACACCUGCACAAGCUACUCCAACUUCUCCGCGCCCACCCAAGCCGACAUCGACCGCGUCUUCGACAGCCAUCUCGAGAGUAUGGCAAGAGGAGGCACAUACGGAGACAAUAUGGAGAUCACCGCCUUCUCGUCGGCAUUCGACUGUGACGUGAAGAUCUACCAACGCGACUUUGCAUACGUCGUGUCUGGUGGUGAGGAUCGUGACCGUCCGGUGGCACAUAUUGCAUACCACGUCUGGGAGCACUACUCCUCCAUCCGCAACCUCGAGGGUCCGCACACCGACUUGCCGAACGUUUCACCAAAGGUCCUCUCACCACAAGAGGAGCAGAUCCAGAAGGAGAAAUUGGCACAAGUACCUCACGUGCAGCCAUGGCAGAUUGACGUCGUGUCGAAGUCCCUGCCCUUCCUCGCCGAUAAGCCUACCAUCAAGCGAGCACUCGAAGCCGCGAAAGGUAAAAUCGACAUCGCCGUCUCCAACCUCCUCGACGCCGAAGAAAACGGCAGCAACUCCUCCUCUCAUCAAGAAUCCUCCUCCAUCGAACGCGACCUCGACUCCGACGAUGACCACGACGUGCCGAACAAGAAGAAGCAGGAUCGACGGAUGUCUCGUGCUGCACGUGCACUGAAAGAGUUGGAGCCAUACAACAAGCCUCCAAUCCCAAAGAGCUUCGCUGUUCAAGACCGAAGCCAAGAGUCGUUCAGCAGCUGGGAGUCCGAGGCUUCAUCGACAAAUCCUGCACCAUCUUCACAAGCGAGCACCACCAGCACCUCGGCGUCAUCGACCACCCUCAUGCCCGACACGACCUCAACCUCAUCGCCCACGAAGAAGCCUACCGUCCGGCUAAAGCUACUCCCACCUCGCCCUCCACCGAAGAAGGAAGAGCGUGUGACUGCAAGAGACAAGAAGGACUUUAAGAAGCAGGCUCAGAAGGCGGCGAGAAAAGAGAGGCAGCUGGCUGAUGCACAUCAAGAGCAUGGAAAGGCGAAGAGCGGCGUACACCUGACGCUACGAGCAAAGGACGACUCUGGGACACGUGUCAAUGGUACUCCACCCGUGGAGACGCUGAGGACACUGUACAUUUGA